GACAUGAAGAAAGUUGUGAGCUUGCUUGUAAUUCUUCUACGAUGCUAUUCUGUAUCAUUAAAACAGACAUUUUAUGCCUCCAUUCAGGAGGAUGAGGUCGGGAUAACGGACAUGGUUGUGAUAAGGCCAGUUGAGGGAACCUGGACUUCAGUCAAUUUUUCCAGUUUUACAAUGUGCUUUUGGGCAUACAGCAAGUUCCAAAACCUUGCUGUCAGCAACUAUGUUUCUCUGUAUCUGGUAUCUAAAGAAGUUCCAACAAACCCUGCUUUUGGACUUUACAUAUUUCCCGACAUUGAUGGUGGGAACGAUGGAAGAAAAAUCAAUCUUGGGAUUGACCUGGGAACAACCAAGCUUAUCACUAAAAGUAAAAUUAGCCAUCGGAAAUGGGAUCAUAUUUGUUGGGUUCACUCAGACAACAAAGGAAAGUUUUAUGUCAAUGCUGAACUUUCUUCUCAGAUAGAAUUGACACAUGAUGCCUUUUAUUUCAUGGAUGAACACAGGAAUGAGACUUUUGAUAUGAUGCUUGGACAAGAACCGGACUCAUGGAUUGGAGAUUUUAAUCCAAAACAGUCCCUGAGGGGAAGAAUAUCAGAAUUUAACGUGUGGGACUCAGUGAUUUCAAUGGAAAUGAUUACUGAAAUGUCAAAGUGUAAAAUUGAUCAUAAAGGAAAUAUUGCCUCUUGGGAACUCGAACAUGUUGAUUUUUUUAACAUUGAACCUAUGAACAUGGAGUAUGAUGAUUUUUGCACUCCUUCUGGAAAGUUGUUGAUGAUUUCUGAAAAAAUGUUUUUUGCUGACGCCAUAGAAUUUUGCAAGAUUCACGGUGGGUUUCUUUAUGCUCCAAGGUCUAAAGAUGAGAAUGAAAAACUUUUAGAACUUUUAGAAAACAAGUAUAAACAAUGUAGGGAACCCAACCUUGGACACACAGAAGGUGUUCUCUCAUGGGUUGGAAUUGUGAAAAAUAGUGUUAAUAAGAUGGUCACAGUUCAAGAUGGAAGACCACCAGUAUUUGACAACUACUUAAUACCUCCAGGGGAAAUUACCCAAUGUGCCACGUUACGAACAGACGGGUAUUAUUACGCAACAUCAAGAGAGUGUGUAAAUUUUAAGAUGUGUUUUGUGUGCUCAACACCUACCGAACCGGUUUAUACUCUAAAAGGAACUUGUCGGAAGUCAUGGUUUAGUUUCAACUAUUAUCUAGAGACAACGUUGGAUGGUGCCUACUACAUCGGAUACAAAGGUGGAAUUAUAACAGGGAAUAGUUCGGAAUGGACUCUUUUCAGCCAAAGACAAGAAGAAGGAAUCAGUGUCCUGAAAAGCCUAAAAGAACCAUUAGAUCAUCCCCUUGGAAGAAACAUGUGGCAAGUAACAGAUACAACAUGUGGACUGGACAACAACAGAACACAGUUAACUUUAUCCACAUGCAGUUCUGAUGAAUAUUUUACUUGCAACUCUGGAGAAUGUGUAGAACUCCCUGCACGCUGUAAUGGAACCACCGAGUGCUCUGACGAGUCCGACGAAUUGAAGUGUUCUAUGGUAAUUGUUGAUGAAACUUAUCUCAGAGACGAGCCUCCAGAAAUUCCAGACACUUUCAAUCCAUUAUUCACUACCGUCAAAAUUGUCCAAUUUGAUAAGGUCAACACUUUAGAACUGACAUUGACAUUGACAAUGGACAUAGAAAUACAAUGGGUUGACCCUAGAGUAAUAUUCGACAAUAUUGGACAAUAUGAUGAAAACGUUCUUCAAACAACAGAACUAGAGGUUUCUGCUCGAGAAGAGAUCUGGCUUCCUUUAAAAAAUUUGAUCUUUGAAAAUGGACUUCUUGGAACUACUCUUAUUAGCGAUGACUAUACUGUGACUGCAUCUCCUACAGCAGACCCAAUCCCUUUCUCUGCAGAACUUACAGUUGAAUCAAUUCAAUUUAAAGGGAUUGACACCACCCUAUCUAUGACUAGAAGAUACCAGGGAGUUUUCUUUUGUGAAAUGCAAAUUUUCAACUUUCCCUUUGAUGAACAGAGUUGUGAAGUAAUUUUAUCCAUCAGAACACAAGGAAAUAAUUCGAUCCGACUGACACCAUCUGAGGGAAUAUCAGUUCUGUAUGAAGGACCGAAAGAUCUAAAUGAAUUUGAAGUCGGAGAUAUCAGGAACUAUUCUUAAGUUUUCUUUAUUGAAACAAUAGAGUAU